AUGAAUCGUCAGUCCACCACCAAUAUGGGCCGGCCCAACUUUGUAGACGCCUGCGCGCUGUGUUCCCUCCGCCGCCGUCCUCCGCGGCAGCUUCCUCGCCGUGUUCCCUCCGCCGUCUGCCUCCUCGUCGCCGCCAUUCUGCUCCAUUCAGCAUACGCCCAUCUCUCGCGCCUCAUAAUAGCAGCGCGCGGCGUGCGGUGCUGGCGCCGGGGACAGGUGAGCCGCGCGGCCGCGGCGAUCACCGCGUCGCUCGACCUCACCGAGGAAAACGUCCGGCGGGCCCUCGUCGAGGCCAAAUCCGAGCUGGGGCAGCUGUUCGACACGUCGGUGGGCAUCACAGGUGAAGGACGGGCUGAGCCCCAACCCUACGCCGCAAUGCCAAUUGGAUCAGGAACCGAGCUGGAUUAGCGAGGCCACGGAUCCCACCGCUGCCAUCCACCCAUGCUGCUAGAGUGCCUAGUAGCGGAAGGCGAUGGUCGGGUAGGAAGGGGCGAUUGAGGCGGCUUCGGAGCUAGAACUGGAGAAGACGAGAACGCGUAGAAUGGCGACAAGGAGGAGGGAG